AUGAGGUUUCUUCCCGUCCUCAUUUCUUCCUUGGCUUUGGCUCGGCGCAGCCUCUGCAAGCCGAACAUUGUUUUCAUUUUCACUGAUGACCAAGACCUCCAUCACAGCUCCGUCGACACGAUGCAGUCCGUGCAAGAACUGGCCACAAAGGGAACCUCUUUCAGCAACCACUUUGCCACCAUUGCUGUGUGCUGCCCGAGCCGCGUGUCAUUGAUGCGCGGUCAAGCAGCCCACAAUACGAACAACACGGCCAUCUCCUCUCCAGGAGGCGGCUACCCAAAAUUCGUUGCCUCGGGAGAAGAUGACGACUACUUGCCGCACUGGCUGGUCAAGGCAGGAUACAGCGCAAACUACAUUGGCAAACUCUACAACGGAAACGCCAUCACGAAUUAUUCCCCGGCUCCGAAGGGAUGGAGUCAUAUUGAUGUUUUGCUCGAACCAUACAUCAAUUUCCAUGAUACUGUCGUCAUGUCAGAGAAUGGUAAGAGGCCCGUAUGGUACGGAGGCUGGCAGCAAACCGAUGUGGUGCGGAUUAAGGCACUCUCCAGGCUUGAGACAUUGCUCGGAGAGGACGAUCCGUUCUUCCUCAUGAUUGCUCCUACUGCGCCGCACGUCCACAAUCUCACCGAUCCCCCGAUUCCACCCGCACGCUACUUGGAGAAGUUUUCGAACAUGACGGUGCCUCGUGUUCCCAACUUCAACCCUCCAGAUGAGGAGCAGAAGGGAAAACCAAGCUGGCUUAAGACGCUUCCGGCGUUGAACCAGACUCAGAUCAACGACAUUGAUCACCUAUACCGCCGGCGCUUACAGGCCCUGCAGGGUGUAGACGAUAUCGUAAAAGACGUUGUCACAAUGUUGGAGGGAAAGAAUGCCUUGGAUGACACAUAUGUCAUCUUCUCCACCGACCAGGGUUACCACCUUGGGACCCACCGCCACAGUGGCAAGUGCCUUCCAUACCUUGAAGAUACCAACAUCCCUCUGGUAGUAAGAGGCCCGGGAGUGCCAGCCAGUGUCACCUCUCGCACCCCCAGCACGGUGACAGACUUUGCCCCGACAUUCCUUGAGAUCGCCGGGCUUGCAGCUGAAGACUACCCGCCCUUCUUGGACGGCGCAAGCCUGCUCGAGGCGUGGGAGAAUCCCAAUUCCUCGGCGCUCGCGAAAAAGAAAGAAGCCAUCAACGUCGAAUACUGGGGCAGUUCCUACACCGAGAUCCCGACUUGGGCAGAAGGAUCCUACGGCAUCUACUUCCCGGGACUGUAUCUCAACAACACUUACAAGACCAUGCGUGUUGUCGGCGAGCAUUCAUCCUGGCUCUACUCGCGAUGGUGCACCAACGACACGGAACUGUACAACACGAAGGACGAUCCCUACGAGCUCACCAACCUAGCCGACUCGUCCGACCCCGAGAUCGUCCGCGUCAAGUCCAGGCUGAACGCGCUGCUCAUGGUCACCAAGUCCUGUGCCGAAGACACGUGCCGUGAUCCGUGGAGCGUCCUGCAGCCGCCGAACGACACUAACAAGAUUUCCACCCUCGACGACGCGCUGGACCCGCGGUACGAUGGCUUCUUCGCGGCCUUUCCGCAGGUCUCGAUUGACGAGUGUCUGAACGUGCAGCUGUCUUCGAACGAGGGCCCGUUUUAUCCUGUCGGUGCGGAAAACGGCCUCGGUCUGGCGUACCGCAAGAAUACGGACUUUUUCUCCGAACCUGAUUACACGCCUGUGAAGAGGGUCCCUGCUAAUGCCGUUCCGGCGGGCGGAUGGGAUCAGCGGUAUGCGACGGUGGAAGAUCUGUUGCUGAGUGCUAGGGAGCUUACGGAUGAGGAGCUUAGCGUAACUGAAGGAUAA